AUGUUGAAUUUCUUUGGAGAACUCGAUGCCCUGCCAAUUAAUGAUUAUUUCUUACCAAGUCACGCGAACGGAAAGACAUGUCUGAAAUAUGACACUUUCACAAAUUCAUCCCAAGCGCCAUACCAGAAAAGACCAUCCUCUGCAGACGGCUCAUCAGAUGGGCGAGAUGACUUUUAUGGAGCUCCUUCUGGCGAGGUCUUGUUCUCAAGUCGGCAGAAACGCGUUAAGACAGAACCCGAACGCCUCCUUCCCAUGACAGAACGCUUGACUCAGAUCGAUAUGAAGACAGACGAAGACCACUUUCCAGGUGACGAUUCAUUUGACGAUAUCGAUAUGGACGCGUUCAUGGCAGUAGUACAUGAUGUUGAUAUGAAACCGGCCGCGUCUGUUCCUGAGGAAAUCUCGGAAGUGGAACACCUGGAUGAGAAGAAACCCGUGUUGUGGCUUGCGGUAUACGAUUCACUUAUCGUGUCUUCCGAAGACCUUUUUGGACCUCUGGCCACUAAUACUUUGUCAAUAAAGUCUUUCGACAUCGAUUAUCUCGAACACCAAGUGCCUGGGUUUUAUGUUGUGUUGCCGAGAAGAACUUGGAACGAACCCUUUUCAUUCUUUCGCGCGAAAAAAAGCGCGGAGCAAGGGGAAGCCGAAGGGUGGUAUGACACCGAUGAAGUGUCUAAGCUGACAGAUGUUUACAGAAGCUUUGAUGCUAUACGGUCCAAACGGGACGUCAAGAAGUUCAACGGCAAAUUUGUCGAACGCCAAUUCGUGUUCGGGGAUCCAAACAUUCCGAAAAGAAAACUACAUUGA